AGCGUCUUUGAGUAAACUGGUCAUAAGUCGGGAACGAGGAGAGUGACGUGCAAACUUCACAUGAUCCUGGGAACACUUAAUCAUGAAACAUGCCUCCAUAGCAUAACUGGUUCUCUGAUCGUAUGUCCAGGCAUGGCCAUCGGAGGAGGCGAAGAUUCGAAUCCGGCCCGGCGUUCCAUCGCAACUCCGCCGAUUUCCCACUCGCGAACGAGACCCGGUCCCUAGUUUGGGGUAGCAAACAAUUUUCAGCUUCUGGAGAUCCGUUCCUACUUCCCCGAAGCUCACCGGGAUCUGGGUCCACCGGCCAGACCGGGGCUGAGAUCGGUCGCCUUUCCAGUGCAGAGCAGCGCGGUUGAUGCUGAAUUCGGAGCGGGCACAGAAGAGCCGUUCGAAUGUGGGCUAUGGGGCGCGGGACUCGUGUAAAUAGGUAUAUAAAAGCCUCUGGCUGCCCCGAGGCGAUGUCUAUGUGCGCGACUUGGGUAUCUUGUCCCCAUCAGUCAUAAACUCGUCGCACUUGACCUAGAUGCUUACGAUGCAUGCUCAUGCGGUAUUGAUACCCUCAGGCCUGCUCCUCGGCACCGCGGCCGCCCAACAGCCCGCCUACGCGCAAUGUGGCGGCGUCGGGUAUACAGGUCAGACUGACUGCGUGGCAGGAUACGCUUGCCAGAUCGUCAACGAUUAUUACCACCAGUGCCUCCCGGGGCAAGCCACGACACAGCCGACACGCGCUCCAACUGCCACGAUCACGACGACGGGGACGGCCAGCGUGACGGAGACGACAGGCGGCGGUGACCCGUCGUAUCCCACGACCUUAGAGUCGGGAUACUACUGGGUGCGCGCAGUCGCGAGUCCCAACUUCCACUCGUACCUGCAGGCAGCGCCGACAGCGACGCCGUCGCCGGGGCCGGGGAACGCACACCUCCUCGCGGCGGCGCGGGCGGGCCAAUUCGACCUCGUCGACGGACAGCUGGCGUACUACGUGCCGGGGGCGGCGGCGACGCUGUACAUGCACAUCGAGAACCCGGCCGAUAAGACGCAGCGGGCGCUGGCGACGUGGUUUGACGGGGCGCCGAACAGCUACGGCGCCUUCGCGUUCCAGGGAGACACGCUCACGUGGUCGGUGGCCGACAUUACGCGCCCGAACGCGGCGGCGUGGUUCGUCUGCGGCGACGAGAAGAGGCUGUAUGUCAACACGGGCGCGUACGCAUACGAUACGCCGGCGGGGUGCGCAGAUCAGACGAUACACUCCUACGGUGGUUCGACGGCGGAUAUUUGAGGCGCAAAUAAGGGGCUCGACAUCCAACAGGGGAUCGAAUGCGCCCGAAUGCAUAUCGACUGGGGAGAAACAGAGCGUAAGAGGACCGGAAUAGGGCAGAUUCGGAAUUCCAUCACAUUAGGUAUAUCUGUCUCCUUACCCACGGUGCACUGCAGCAGAAGAGAAUCGACGUAUAACACCCACUCCCAAUGGGGACUCGACGAAAUCUAGAAAGCUCGUUCUACUCGUAUAUAACCCGGGCGCGGAUUUUUU